CCGCAACCACACCGCUAGCUAGUCUUGCUGCUGCAUCAUGCUUUAUUAUGCCAAUGGGCUGAGCGCUCUGUUAUGGGCCAUAUCUAUAUUCCUUGGAUUUGGCCUUAUGGCGCUUGCAGAUGAAGCUCCAUGCACUUUGCAUCAUGAAGGCAACUAUUUCAACCUGAAUCCGUUGAAGGCUAGUCAGGACUACGAGUUUGAGACUCUAGAUGGACAUACUUUCUACCUGAAUGUCUGCCGACGCGUGACCACCGAACCCUGGAGUACCGGAGUUCCCGACAAUGUUGACAUCGCCGGUCUAGUGCGGGACGACCACCACGACUUUGCCGUAGGACUUGUAAAUACAACCCUGGAAAUGAGGGACACGGGGCUGAUGAUGCAUCUUUCCAAUGGUUCACCCUGCCCUGGGGAAGAUGACUUAUACGGGAGCUCAUCCAUCCUGUUUCUUUGUGAUGCAACGGUUUAUGGAGCUGGCAAACCGGCGGUGAUAUCCCAAUUUCCGGAAGACGACAAUCAAGCCUGCCAAUACACGGUCGAGUGGCGAACACAUUUUGCUUGCGCCACUGGCGAAAGGGGCCUUAUCUCAGGAUUAAUAGUGUUCUUGGUGAUCUUCAUGAUGAUCCUUCUGAUGCUCCUCGUUGUUUCUAGCACCCUGUAUAACCGCUUCGUCCUGAGAAAACGUGGCUUUGAUCAACUGGCCUGGCUUUCCAAAGUUCAUCUGCUCGAACUCACGGACUUUUGCAUUGAGCUCUUCCGGUCCACGGUAGACAAUGUUCGCUUGACUGGUAAUAGAUGGGCAGAAUCGACUAGGAACUUCAACCCUGCAUCUCACCAAUGGUCAUCAAGGGAUGAGGAGCAGGCGAUGAUGGCCGCUGAUCCCCUUGAAGACCAUGAUCGGGAACUGCCUAAUGAUUAGAGAAAUGAUACGGUGGAUGGGUCGCAGGGCGCGGAUGAUUUGGGCACUAUAGGAUCAUGACUGGGCAUGUGUACGUUAUACGCUGUAUCUUUAGGACGGGUCUUAUCGAUGAUUAUGCCCGAGACAUAUUUCCUAUUCAACAGCGUUCCGCACCUCGCACCUUCAAGCAACUCGUGAUAAGGAAUACAAGCGAACCCACGAUCCCGGUUUUCAAUGCCCGGAAAACAGGGGAGUUGUUGUCCAGAGAUGAUUGGUGUUCGCAGUCCACUCCCCAAAUAAACUGUUGCUGCCGAGAAGAUCGAUCGCUAACUAUGCUCGUCGGGCAUCUCAAGCCAAGUAUCUCUUUUGAGCAAUUGUGACAAGGACAUCUCAUAGAUACCCCUGGCCUCUGAUCCGUUGGGUCCCGGUU